AUGUCUGAUAUUGAGAGUGAAGCCGAUCUAUUAGCUGAUCUGGACAACGAUUUUGAGGACAAUGAGAUAUCAGAUGGUGGCGAUGAGUUAGAAGAUAAAAGCAUUGAGGACCUAGAUGUUACAGAGGCAUACGACUUUAAAAAUCAGCACUAUGAAGCCAAUGACGAGGAUCAAAUUAUAGUGGACAAUUCUGCAAAGACUCUUAAAGAUUUAGUGAAAUAUUUGGGUGCCAAGUCCAAUGUUGAUCAUAAAGGGCUUCAAACAGAAAUUGUUAAUCUUGAAACGAUCAAACAUCUAAUAGCUAUCAGUAGUAAUGAACCCGAGAUAAUAAAGACAUUAAAUGAAAUACAGCAAUACUGUAAAGUGAUAUCUGAAAAGUGCUAUUUCGAACUAACAGAAAUAUAUGAAGAUAAGUUUUCUGAACUCAAGUCGAUACUUAGACUACCUCACCAAUAUGCGCAAUGCAUAUCUCUUCUCGAGCAAGGCUUAGAAUUGGAGCAGGUUGUGCUGAGGUUUGAAGAACUAUGUUCAACAAGUCGAGAGCUCAUAAUGGUUUUAAAUAUGUCUCUCCGUGCUGACUACAAAGGAAACUAUAAACUCACAGAUACGAAUAAAAAAUCUCUUCAUAAGCUCACCUCAAUAAUAUUUGAGGCUCACGACAUAAUAAGAUUUGUAUCUGUUGAAAUUGCCAAUAGAAUUGGUGAAAUUGCACCUAAUUUAUGUGCUCUACUGGGUACAAACACUGCAUCUCUAUUAGUUUCGCAUACUGGUGGUCUUUUACAACUCAGUAAAAUUCCAAGUUGUAACAUUGCUAAUAUUGGCAAGAAAAAUACGAAAGACCAUAAUAUCUUGAAUUUCUCAAAUCCAGGUGGCUAUAUAUUUCAAAAUGAGCUCGUUCAAAACCAACCUAUUGAGAACCACAAACAAAUGAUGAGGAUGCUGUCAUCUAAAGUCUCACUGGCGGCUCGUGUUGAUGCUGGACUCAAGACUGGUGAUAAGAACAAUAAAUUAGGAAAGCAGUGGAGAGUGGAGAUUGAAGAAAAGAUAAAGAAGAUAAGAGCACCACCUAAUAUAUCUGAUGUGAAAGCACUACCGAUCCCAGAGGAUAAACCCAAAAAGAAACGUGCUGGUCGAAAAUUCAGAAAAUACAAAGAGCAGUUUAAACUCUCAGGUACAAGACAAUUGCAAAACAGAAUGGUAUUUGGCAAACAGGAAGCUACGAUAUAUGAUACUUUUGGAGAUGAAGUAGGUCUAGGGAUGACCUCACAAAGAAAAAAUGGACUGGCAAUCUCUACAACAGGCUCAAGUUUUGGUGUGAAGAAACCUCAAUACAUUCAAAAGAAAUUGAAGGACUCGAAAAGAUCAACUCAAGAAUACAUCGACGCUCUAGCUGAUAGAAUAGACGAGCAUGCGAAUCUCAUUAAACCAAACGGCAGUUAA